AUUCAGGGCAUCGCACUCUGGGGAAGCUGUGGACAAACUGGAGAGUCCAGAGGAGAGCAACAAAAAUGAUUAAAGGUCUAGAAAAUCACUGUUGAAUGGAGCUGAGGUAGAACUUGGAAAUUCUCUUUUGUAGAGUGUGGAGUACAAACUACUAUUUGAUUGACACCAGCUCUCUCCAGACCUACAAAACAUCUUGGCCAGGCAUCUCCAGAUGGCGGGAUUACCUUGGCCUCAAGCAAAUGGUCAGCAGCCAGAACAAUCUCUCCAGGGGCCAUCUCCCAGGAAUCCACAAAUUCAACAAAUGGCUUGUUGAAACCAGCCAUGGUCCUUCCUGGCAGUGAUCUAGGAAGGGUUUUUUGUGAUAACAAGCGAUCUACCCCAGUGGCUGGUCUGCUCUUCAGAACAACUCCAAAUCCCAACACUCUGAGAGUAAAUGCAGGUGUAGAGGUUCCACGCCCCAGUCUCCCUCCUGAAUCUGUGUUUCCUUUGGGUAUAAACUUUGACAACCCAGUGAUGGGUGAAAUGGCAGCUGUUGCCAACCUAGGUCCUUUGCCAAGAGCACCACAAUCCUCCAGCACUGGCAGGAAUAACCAGUGGCAAGAAUCAGUGAGUCUGGCACAGCGUGAGCAUGUUGUACGGAGGAUAGUCCAAAUGAUUUAUCCCAAUCCUGAUCCUGCCGUAUUAGGAGAUGAGCGCACGGAGAGGCUGGUGUCAUUUGCUCGCAGAGUGGAAGGGGAGUCAUAUGACCAAGCAAACAGCAGGUGCAGACGCCAUAGCACUGGGAACAUGGAGCCCACUCAGAUCACUGCAGCAAUUAUGAGCUCUGUAAACACCACACGCAUUAUCCUGCAGUAUAUGCAGAACCAGAACCUGCAAAAGCGAAACCAGGAGGAAUACCACCAUCUGCUAACUGAGAAGAUCCAUGAAAUCCACAGACACAUACAGGAAGUACAAGAGAACAGGCUGCUGGGGCAGCAAGGACCUGGUGUACCGCCAGCUCCACAGCAGCAAGGACCUGGCAUGGGUCAGCCGUAACCAAGACUCUCUGCUAGCUUUGUGGAGAGCUGAAUGGUAGAUCCCAACCUCCAGGAAGAACUGUCUGGGCUAUCCUCAUCCAAGCUGCCUCCUCUGGACAAGAUUAACAAGUGACUACAAUUUCUUAGUGUACACUUGCUGUUAUGGAUUCAGAUUUUUAAAUGCAAAGUAAGAGUUUAACAUACUCUACUUCCCUACAAGCUUAUUUUAAUAAAACUCUUAUUAAAUCUCUAA